AUGGCCUCCCCCAAGAAGAAACUUCAAGGUCUCGUGGCUGCCACCAUCACACCGAUGACUGAGAAUGGAGAAAUCAACUUUUCAGUAAUUGGUCGGUAUGUGGACUAUCUUGUGGAAGAACAGGGAGUGAAGAGCAUUUUCGUAAAUGGCACAACGGGAGAAGGCCUGUCCCUGAGCAUUGAAGAGCGUCGCCGGGUUGCAGAAGAGUGGGUGACAAAAGGGAAGAACAAACUGGAUCAGGUCGUGAUUCAUGUAGGAGCACUGAGCUUGAAGGAGUCACAAGAACUGGCCAAACAUGCUGCAGAAAUAGGAGCUGAUGGCAUUGCUGUUAUUGCACCUUUCUUUCUCAAGCCAUGGAACAAAGAUGUCUUGAUUAAUUUCCUAAAGGAGGUGGCUGCUUCUGCCCCUGCAUUGCCAUUUUAUUACUAUCACAUUCCUGCCUUGACUGGGGUAAAGAUUCGUGCUGAGGAAUUGUUGGAUGGGAUUCAGGAUAAGAUCCCUACCUUCCAAGGACUGAAGUUCAGUGAUACAGAUCUCUUAGACUUUGGGCAAUGUGUUGAUCAGAAUCGCCAGCGACAGUUUGCUUUCCUUUUUGGGGUGGAUGAGCAAUUGUUGAGUGCACUGGUGAUGGGAGCGACUGGAGCAGUGGGCAGUACCUAUAACUACCUGGGGAAGAAGACAAACCAGAUGCUAGAGGCUUUUGAACAAAAGGACUUUUCUUCAGCUCUGAAUUAUCAGUUUUGCAUCCAGAGAUUUAUCAACUUUGUGCUCAAACUAGGUUUUGGAGUGUCACAGACCAAAGCCAUCAUGACUCUUGUCUCUGGAAUUCCAAUGGGCCCACCCCGACUUCCAUUGCAGAAAGCCUCCAGGGAGUUUACUGAUAAUGCAGAAGCAAAGCUGAAGAGCCUGGAUUUCCUUCCUUUCACUGGUUUAAAGGAUAGAAACUUGGAAACCUGUAGCUAG